UCAAAGCGUGCGCUAUCCUACUGUCGCUAUUCCCGGUAAUUAAUUGAAAAAAACGUAAUAAAAAGGAAUUAACAAGUGCUUUAAGUGCUUAGUCGAAGCCACCAGUGACUAUUGAAAUACCCAUAGUCUCCCAGUGGAAGUUGUCGCGUCAUUUAUCCGGAUAAAAAGUGAUUGAAAAUUGAAUAUCGAUCUUUUGGCUUAAGAUUAAGUCAGGGUCUUUUGGAUUAAUCAAAGUAUUUAAUUGUGAAUGAUGUGAGCACUGAGCACUGAUGAUUAAAUGGGCAUUUGGCAAGGCCUGGCGCAGUAGCGAGCCCUCGCUUGUCGCUCUCUUCCCGUCAUGGAUACCACGUUGAUUCGUCGUAACACAGGAUAAAGGCAAUUUGCUCGAGUUUAGGUUGCCUCGAGAUUGUGGACUGUAGCAUCUCUCUGUAGCAUCUCCGUCGCAUGUACGCGACGGAACGCCACAGCAAGAGUAAUACAAAAGGCCCGUAAAAAUCGACAUUUUAAAUCGCAGCAGAAUUUUUCAUUUUUUAACAAUUCAUUGUGAGUUAUCUUGAGAUGCGGAAAGAUGCGGAAAUUUUCCCAACAAUUGGCAACGUGACAGUGCAUCCUGGACAUUUAACAACCUCACUCCCGUUUUUUUAUCAGCCGAGAAAAUUCACUACAACGCAGCUGUGAUAAUCUGUCGGAUAUUAUUGUUAGGUUUAAAUUAUUGUUUGUGGUUGGGGAACGUCAGGCGGUGCAAUUUUAUAUUAUUUUUCUUUACAGUUGUGAUAGAUCGUUUUGUGGUGCAAUAUUCAGAGGGUGGUUUAUGUGCUCUGUGAAGUGAUUGUUGAGAUAUUUGGCACGCUCAGGAUACAGUGAUUUUUACGGUUUUAUAAGGGCGUUCGGCGAUUGGUCGUUGGAGCCUUUGGGGAAUGGAGUUUAUCAGUGAUUUUUAUAGCGAAAUAUGAGGACUACGCCCUUGGGAUUAUCGUGCAACACGAAUUUAUGUGAAAAUGAUUAUUUCGAGGGGAUUCCUGGUGCUGUUGGCGGCUGUCACCGUGAGAUGCAUGUGCACCAGCGGUUACACCGGCCAGAACUGCGAGAGCAACUACAUACCCUGUGAUCCGUCGCCAUGUUUGAACGGUGGAUCUUGUAGCCAGUUGUCUUCACUCACGUACGAGUGCCGCUGUCCCGAUGGUUUCGAAGGAAAGGACUGCGAGGUGAAUUCCGACGACUGUCAUGGCAAUCUUUGUCAAAAUGGUGCGACAUGUAUGGACAGAAUAACCGAGUACUCAUGCCUCUGUCCACCAGCAUUCACCGGUCCUUACUGCGAGCAAGAUGUUGACGAGUGCUCCCUGAGACCAUCGCUCUGUCACAAUGGUGCAACAUGCACAAACUCACACGGCAGUUAUUCCUGCAUAUGUGUAAAUGGCUGGACAGGGCCUGACUGCAGUGUCAACAUUGAUGACUGCGCUGGUGCUGCUUGUUUCAAUGGUGCAACAUGUAUAGACAGAGUUGGCAGUUUCUACUGUCAGUGUACCUACGGCAAAACAGGUCUUCUCUGUCACCUCGAUGAUGCUUGCACGUCUAAUCCGUGUCAUCAGGGUGCAAUAUGCGACACCAGUCCCAUUAAUGGAUCAUUCACGUGCUCCUGUGCCAGUGGUUACAAGGGCCUUGACUGUUCGGACGACAUUGACGAGUGCGAACAAGGAUCACCUUGUGAACACGAUGGCACAUGUUAUAAUACUCCCGGAUCGUUUGCAUGCAAUUGCACCCAGGGUUUCACUGGGCCGAGGUGCGAGACCAAUGUCAACGAGUGCGAAAGCCAUCCCUGCCAGAAUGAUGGGUCCUGCCUCGAUGAUCCCGGAACAUUUCGCUGCGUCUGCAUGCCUGGCUACACCGGUACUCAAUGUGAAAUAGACAUAGAUGAGUGUGCAGCGAAUCCCUGUCUGAACAACGGUCGCUGCACAGACCUAGUGAAUUCCUUCAAAUGUGAAUGUGCCAAAGGCUUUGCCGGCACCCACUGCCAGAUAAAUAUUGACGAUUGUGCCUCGUCUCCUUGCAAAAAUGGGGGCGCAUGUCAGGACUCAAUAGCCAAGUACACAUGCGAGUGCCCACCGGGCUUCACUGGUGCGUCCUGUGAGACGAAUAUCAACGACUGCCAAUCAAAUCCCUGUCAAAGUGGCACGUGCAUUGACGGUGAAAACUCCUUCACCUGCAGCUGCUUUCCUGGUUUCACUGGAAAACUCUGCCAGACGCAGAUCGACGAGUGUGAGAGCAAUCCCUGCCAGUUUGGGGGACGAUGCGAGGAUAGGAUCAACGGAUAUCAGUGCAUUUGUAGGCCCGGCACCUCCGGUACUAACUGCGAGAUCAAUGUCAAUGAGUGCUACAGCAAUCCGUGCAGAAAUGGUGCACGAUGUGUCGAUGGCAUCAACAGCAAUCGGAUGCCAGCUCUUGGAUGGUAUUCCUGCGAAUGUGAGCCUGGCUUUACCGGUCAGCAUUGCGAGACCGACAUAAACGAAUGCACGAGUAAUCCCUGCGCCAACGGCGGCCGGUGCAUCGACCUGAUAAACGACUACCGCUGUGAGUGCCCGCGGGGUUACUACGACGCCCGUUGCCUCAGCGACUUCGACGAAUGUGCCAGCAAUCCCUGCACCAACGGCGGUCGCUGCGAGGACGGCGUCAACCAGUUCAUCUGCCACUGUCUACCUGGUUACGGUGGCAAACGCUGCGACGUAGACAUCGACGAGUGCGGCUCGAAUCCCUGCCAACACGGAGGACUCUGUAUCGACCAUCUCAACGACUACUCCUGCCAGUGCCUGGCGGGCUAUGCCGGCACCAACUGCGAAACCAACAUCGACGACUGCGCCAACAAUCCCUGUCAAAAUGGCGGUUCCUGCAUCGAUCUCGUCAACGACUACAAGUGCGUCUGCGAAUUGCCCCACACGGGACGCAACUGCGAGGACAAGCUGGAUCCGUGCUCACCCAACAAGUGCCUCCACGGUGCCAAAUGCUCGCCCUCCUCCAACUUCUUGGACUUUGCCUGCACCUGCACUGUUGGCUACACUGGUCGUCUCUGCGAUGAAGAUGUCGACGAGUGCGUGAUGACGUCUCCCUGCAGAAAUGGCGCUACUUGCAGAAACACAAAUGGCUCCUAUCAUUGCGCAUGUGCCAAGGGCUACGAAGGACGCGACUGCAUCAUAAACACAGACGACUGUGCGUCUUUCCCCUGUCAGAAUGGUGGAACAUGUCUCGAUGGAAUUGGGGACUACACGUGUCUAUGCGUCGACGGUUUCAGUGGCAAGCACUGUGGCAUUGACGUAGACGAAUGCCAAUCGGCUCCUUGCCAAAAUGGUGCAAUCUGCAAUCAGUACGUCAACUCUUACACCUGCCAGUGUCAACUGGGCUUCUCUGGCAUCAACUGCCAAACCAAUGACGAAGACUGUACCGAGAGUAGUUGUAUGAACGGUGGUAAAUGCAUCGACGGUAUAAACAACUACACCUGCGUCUGCCAACCCGGUUACACCGGCUCCAACUGUCAAUACCGCAUAAACGAGUGUGACAGCGCACCCUGUCUCAAUGGUGCGACAUGUCAUGAUGACAUCAACCAACAUUAUACGUGUCACUGCCCCUACGGCUACACCGGCCAACGCUGUGACAUAUUCGUCGAUUGGUGCGCUGACAAACCCUGUGAAAAUGAUGCUACCUGCGUGCAACAAAAGAACAAGUAUCAUUGUAACUGCUCGCCAGGAUGGACUGGCAAGGUGUGUGACGUGGAAAUGGUCUCCUGCAAGGAUGCAGCCAUUCGUAAAAAUGUCCCCGACAAAUCUCUCUGCAACAACGGCACCUGCGAGGACUUUGGCAACAGCCAUCGCUGUCACUGCCUCGAAGGCUAUACCGGCUCCUACUGUCAGGAGGAGAUAAAUGAGUGCGAUUCGGCACCCUGCCAAAAUGGCGCCGUCUGCAAAGAUCUCGUCGGCUCGUACCAGUGCCAGUGCACCAAGGGCUUUCAGGGACAGAAUUGUGAACUCAACGUCGACGACUGUCGCGCCAAUCCUUGCCAAAAUGGUGGCACCUGCCACGAUCUUAUCAACAACUUCAGCUGCUCCUGUCCACCGGGUACUGUUGGCAUCCUCUGCGAGAUCAAUCCUGAUGACUGCGUACCUGGGGCCUGUCACAACAAUGGCACCUGCACUGACAAAGUUGCUGGCUUCGAGUGCAAAUGCCCACCGGGCUUUGUUGGGCCACGCUGCGAGGGCGACAUCAAUGAGUGCCUGUCCAAUCCCUGCGUAGCACCAGGAACGCAGGAUUGCGUUCAGCUGGUCAAUAAUUAUCAUUGCAAUUGCAAACCCGGCUAUAUGGGACGACACUGCGAGGUCAAGGUGAACUUUUGCGACAGCUCGCCCUGUCAAAAUGGCGGCGUAUGCACAGCCAAACAAGCUGGCCACACUUGUCUCUGUCCUAGUGACUAUUAUGGACACAACUGCGAGUUUGCUGGAUCUUAUUGUGAUACUGAUCCUUGUCUUCAUGGAGGCACGUGUGGAGUUGCUGCAACCGAGAUGGGCUACAAGUGUUACUGCCCUCCAGGAACCUCCGGUACUCACUGCGAGAUCGACAUAAAAGACGAGUGCGUGAGCAAUCCCUGCCAACAGUCAGACGCAAUCUGCCAAGACCUAGUCGGCGACUACGCCUGCUCCUGCCCACCCAAGUGGACAGGUAAAAACUGCGAGAUCUAUGACAAGAACGGACGGGGUGGAAUAUUCGGACGUCCUGCCAAUAUUGUGCACCAACGAGGGGAAAUUGAGCAGGAUUUGGAACGCGAGCGUAAGAAGUGCGUGGAGAAUCAUUGCGAGGAAAAGUCUGGUAACCGUCGCUGCGACGAGGAGUGCAACAAGUAUGCAUGCAACUUUGACGGCAAUGACUGCUCUCUGGGUAUCAAUCCCUGGAGCAACUGCACCGCGAGGAUCAGGUGCUGGGACGUCUUCAUGAACGGCAUCUGCGACGAGGAGUGUAAUAACGCACAGUGUCUCUUUGAUGGACGCGACUGCGAGAAGAAGUUGGAGAGAUGCAAUCCCAUUUAUGACGCCUACUGUGGAAAACAUUAUGCCGAUGGCCACUGUGAUUAUGGUUGCAACAAUGAGGAGUGCAACUGGGACGGAAUGGACUGCGAACGCGAGCCUCCAGCCCUUGCUGAUGGUGCCAUCAGCUUUAGGAUUCGCAUGGACAUGACGACUUUUAGGGAAAAUGUCGUUGCGUUCCUCAGACUAAUGGGUCACGACUUGCGGACAACCCUGAGACUCAAGCAGGACGAGCUGGGCAAUGACAUGAUCUAUCCGUGGAAGGGGACCAGAGACCAGGGCAAGCCUACGGGCUUUUUCGGACGACCUCAGACUUACGACAAUCAGAAUGGUGUUCUCGUUUAUCUAGAGAUUGAUAACAGAAAGUGUGCAGUCACACCGGGGGCCAUUUGCUUCCCCUCGGCAACUGAAGCUGCUGAUUUUCUGGCCGCCACUGCCUCCAAGCACACACUAUCUUGGGACUUUCCGAUCGAGGAGGUGCGAGGUGUGGUAGGGACAACAGAUUACCGGGACUCCCCCACGAACUACAAGUAUGUGUUCAUUGGAGUUGUAAUUGUGAUUUUGGGAGGAAUGCUGGUGGGAGUCUUGGUGACGGCCCAGAGAAAGCGGGCUGUCGGUGUCACCUGGUUCCCUGACGGUUUUCUAAGAACCUCUGGGGGAAGUGGACGGGUGAGACGCCAGAGGGGAAUUAAUAAGACACCGAGACGAGUGCCAGAUGGACAGGAGAUGAGGAAUCUCAAGCAGGGGUCCGUUCAUUGUAUGGACAUUGACGUAGGGAAUGGGAGGGUCCAGUGGUCUGAUGACGAGUCUGAUUUGCCACCCUCCAAGAGGAUGAGGGCUAUUGAGCCUGGAUAUGCCAGUGAUCACACGGCUGUGACGGAUUAUGAGGAGACUGAACCGAGAAUGUGGACACAGCAACAUCUGGACGCUGCUGAGAUCAGGAGGCCAGAGGCUGGGGUACUGACGCCACCGAGCCUCGAACACGGUCAAGAUAUCGAUGCCAGGGGUCCCUGUGGCAUGACACCGUUGAUGGUGGCGGCUGUUAGGGGUGGAGGACUGGACACUGGAGAGGAGGAGGACGAGUCUGAUGGGACAGCAGCCGUUAUCUCGGAUCUGGUGGCCCAGGGAGCCGAUCUCAAUGCAACUACUGAGAAGAGCGGUGAAACAAGCCUUCAUCUGGCUGCCAGGUACGCCCGGGCUGACGCUGCCAAAAGACUUCUAGACGCUGGAGCUGAAGCCAAUUCUCAGGACAACACUGGAAGGACUCCCCUGCAUUCUGCAGUUGCUGCUGAUGCUAUGGGAGUCUUUCAGAUUCUUCUGAGGAAUCGAGCUACCAAUUUAAAUGCCAGAAUGCACGAUGGAACUACUCCUCUAAUUCUCGCUGCUAGACUAGCUACCGAGGGAAUGGUGGAGGAUCUCAUCAAUGCCGAUGCUGAUAUAAAUGCUGCUGAUAACAGUGGCAAGACAGCACUCCACUGGGCGUCUGCUGUCAAUAAUGUUGAUGCUGUUAACAUUCUCCUGGUGCAUGGCGCCAACAGGGAUGCGCAGGAUGACAAGGAUGAAACGCCACUGUUUCUAGCAGCCAGGGAGGGCUCCUUCGAGGCCUGCAAAGCACUGCUGGAUACUUUUGCCAAUCGCGAAAUAACAGAUCAUAUGGAUAGACUACCCAGAGACGUAGCAUCUGAGCGUCUCCAUCAUGACAUUGUCAGGCUCCUCGACGAGCAUGUUCCCAGAUCCCCUCAGAUGGUAUCAGUAAUACCCAAUGGCCCACUCAUGGGUUCCCCCAAUCAUCCUCAAUUGAUAACACCUCCAACUGUGAUCGGUUCAGCCCCAAAGCAUACAAAAGCAAAGAAACGCCCCAAGGCUACUGGCCCAUGCAAUCCCAACAGUCCUGAAUCAGAGGGAGCUGUUGCUGUAAGGCGAAAAGGGUCAGUUAAAAAAUUACCAACAAAACGCGGUGCACAGCCCCCAAACCAGGAGAUCCCUCAGGGAGCGGAGGGAGCAGAAGGCAAUUUACCGAGCCCCUACGACAGCGCAAGUUUGUACAGCAAUGCGCUCCCACUAGUAGGGCACACAACGACAAAACAACCACCAGCUUACGAGGAUUGCAUAAAGGGUCAGGGAAUUCAGGGACUACAGCAAUUGGGACUGGAUACAUUCACGAAUAACUACGGUCUCGGAAAUUUUCAUGACCAAUUGCUGACAUCACAUCAGCGACAAACACAGGGAAUGGUUAAUACACUUUCACCACCUUACAGCAAUCAGAGCCCACCACACUCAGUGCAGUCCAAUAUGACACUUUCACCACAGGCCAGCUACAUGGGCUCACCAUCACCAGCAAAAAGCAGGCCAUCACUGCCAACAUCUCCAACACAUAUCGCUGCCAUGAGACAGGCGACACACCAGAAGCACGGUGGUAUGCCACCGGUGGGCUUUGACUUUGAUAAUAUUCCAUACUCCAGUGGACAACAGCAGAUGCAAGCCAUGCAGCAGGGACAGAUGCAGCAACCACAGGGGAGUAGUCAGCAAUACUAUCAGUAUCUGACACCACCCUCCCAUCAUUCUGGGCCUGAUGUGACACCACAGCAUCUUAUGCAGGCACCUGAGAGCUUCCCAACACCUUCGCCGGAUAGCCCCGGCCAUUGGUCAUCCAGCUCACCGCAUUCUAAUAGCGAUUGGUCCGAGUGCAUGGCUUCGCCCAAUGCUUAUGGCACUGGGGGACAGCACCAAAGUAGUAAGGGCUCUGAGGCUAUCUAUAUUUGAGAGGGGUGAGAGCUUAGGGUUUUUUUAUGGGUGGAAUGCCAUGACGAGUCAAGCAGCCUAGGGGCGGGGGAGAUUUUCCGUGGUUAUGGUCGGGAUAGAUGAUAUUCAAUUGGGGGAAUGGAACUAACUUAUUCAGUUGAGAGGAAAAAUUCAGUUCAACUUCGUCAUUUAAUUAUUAAUUAAAUAUUCGGUAAGUUAACGGCAAAACCAGGAACAGAGAUAUUAGGAUUCAAGUCUAUAUGGCUGGAUUUACUUAUUUCUGGAUACGUAAGACUUCUAAUAUCCCAUAUUUUUGCAUUUGUUUUUUCUUCAUAAAAUUUCCUUCAAAUUUACAAAUGGGACUCAAAUUACGUCGCUGCCUGACUCGUCGUGAAUUAUUCCAUAUAUUGAUGUUUCUUUUUUUACAAAGACUUUUUAUAUUGAAUCAGAGACACUUCGACGUACUCGGUUAUUGGGGUGUAGUGAGCAUAAUGAGGUUAAGAUAUUAUAUUUUUUAUAGUGAAUGAACAUUCGAGGGGUUUUAUACACCUGUCUUCUUGGGAAUAGCUCAAUCAUUCGAGGUGCCUUCCACUUGCCAUGAGUGAACACCUUUUUCUAGAAUUUUUUUAUUCACGAGUAUAGCCUCUGGGUGAGACAGCAGCGUAACUGACAUUGUAAAUAUUCAAUGGAGAUCGAUUAGAUUAGGUGUAAUUUCUAUUUAAUUUAGAUUUAGCACGAUCACGUGUCUCUGAGACAAUUUAAGGGAUCGUUUGAAUAUUCUAAUCACCACUGCCGAGUAUUCAUUAUUUUACUGAUUUAACUUUCAAAUACUCGAGGGAAAGUGGAUUGUGCCUUUGAAUUUAUGUAGGUGAUAGGGGACUUGGGGGACUGGCACAGGGAACUGGAGGGCUUGGGCGAUGAAUGUUCCAUACAGACAUUCCAAUUCGUUUAUGCACUGUCUGAAAAUCAAUGAAAUUUCAGGAACUCUUGGGCUUCAUCACAGAUCAUAAUUAAAUGGGCAAUUAAUUCAAUAUUUAAGUUUAUAUCAUCUUGAAAUGUCCAAUUUUCAUCCCCAGACAAAAUUUCAUUAGUAAAAAAACCUUUGAUUUUUAAUUAGUUAAAUAUUUGGGCUUAUGUAUCUUCAGAAUUGACAAUUUGCAUUAAUUAAAUCAAACUACCACGCUUGUACCAGAAAUUUCAUUAAAAAGACAUCGGCAGUGCAAUUCCUACCUAUUACAUUCCCAAAUUACGAAUUCCAUUUUGAAAUAAAAAGAACGAAGAUUAAUCCCAAAUUUCGUGAAUUUAUGGUUAGUGGAUAAAAUAAAUAAGUCCUCCCCUUUGAACUACUAUAACUGCCUUGAAUCUUUUAUUAAGAUAAGUGAAACGUCGAUGAGAUCCUUGCGAUUCCCUGUCCCGCCUGGCCAGAGUCCAGCCCGCAUUGGGGUGGCAAAGAACAUUGCUAAAAAAUGACAAGUGGUAUCUUCGUAUAAUGAAUAAUUUUACAUAGAAUUUGUUGCGAGAGAAAAGGUUUUAUCGACCGAUACAGAUCGACUCGCGUCUGCAAUACUAGGAUUUUCGACGGAGAUACGAAACGCUUGAAAAUAAUCGAAACAAUUCUGAUUAUUUAAUGCAAUGGAUAAAUGUUUAAUUUGUAAAUAUCCCUUUGUCUACUCACGCUGUUGUCGAGUAUUGCUUUAUCAUCUUUUCUCUCGAUUUUUGUACAAACUGUUUUUACAUAUAUUUUUUUUUCUACACCAAUAUGAGCUAGAUGUACUACUAUUCUCCUGAUAAAUGGAAUAAAUCAUAUUUUUUUUCGUAAUCGUUUGAACGAAUAUCUGAUUAAUCAUGUUUAUCGAUUUAUAUUAAAUGACAAAAUGUUUAACGAUAUGUCGUGUGAUUAUCCGUUGCAUUGGGGAUACUAUAAAUUAUUUUGUUUAUUAUUCUUAAUGCAAUGAUUGUUACACAGCGGUGUGAUGGAGAUCUCCUACGAAAAGACGAAGAAUUCUGUAAUAAAUGACAUUCACAUGAGCUCGUUCAGCUAAUUAAUGAUAAAAGACUGUGAAGAAACAAUGAAUUAUGGGACGUCAGUUCCUAUCCCCCCAGUGACAAAUCAUUAGUCUGUAUUCAUAAAUGAGGCCUUACACGCGAGAGAUUAAUCGAUUGAGCGUAUUUUACGUACGUUCAAUGAUGAAAAUAUUUUUUUUAUGAAUCAAUGACAAUAAAUUAUGCUCUCUGACGCACCUUCACUCUGUGUUAAAUAAAAAAUAAUUAAAUAAAAUUAAAAUUAAGGUAUGGAGUAGGUUAUGGUCAAUAAUUAAGUUAGAGAUGAUACAUGGAUUAUAAUAGAAUUUGUUAUUCCUUGUAAUUUGUAAAAAGUACUGAGUUUUAUUAGUAUAAAACUACGUGUCUAAGAAAAACUAAAGAUAUGUUUGAACCUAUCUUCUUUCCCUGUCCCACAAUUGUAUUUUCCAUAUUUUUAUAAAUAAGUUAUAUCUUUUAAACAGAUGUAAUAAUAAAGAUAGUCUAACAUUCAUGAUAAA